AAGUAAGGAUGGGGGAAAAAAAAAAAAUAAAUAAAAUCAAAAAUACGUAUCGCGAUACAGGUAUUCGUAAUCACUAUGGCAGUGCAUUUAACCACUUUGUGAAAUAACCGUAUAUUUUAAUGUGACGUAGCAUUCGAUACGUUGGGGGUUGCGCGCGCCUUCCUCCAUGGGGUGGGAAAGCACCGAGAGACAGGGGUGCGCAGGGGUUGGUUCGUAGGGGUUCGUGGCGGGGGACUCCUCGGUGGGGAGUGUAGUACAAGCGAGCCAGGGGAAGUUCUCUGGUAUAGCUGCGAGAAGGGUGCGCCCUACUUCGUGUCAGGGAACGCUUAGUUGUGCGUUAUUGUUUGUUAAAAAAGCUCCUCUCUCUGAUAAUAAAAUUCUUUGCCACGGGAAAGAGAAAUUUAUCCGGUAAAAUUGAUAAUCGACGUUGCAUAGGUUCGGAAUGACGAUUAAACAAACGUACGAAUAAGAUAUCCGUUGCGCGAUGCAGCAUCAGGUUGUAUCGGUUGAUUUUUUUUCACAGUUCCGAGGUCCUUAAACGAUGCGGAUGGUGCGCGGGACUCGAUAUAUUUGCCUGAAAAAUGUAUACGUGCAUUAGUAUCGGGUGUUUAUAAACGACGGCGAACAAACCUCUUUAAACAAAGUGUCAUAUCCAUCGUUUGUAAUUCCUGUAAUUUGUCGUUGAAUUUUUCUUUCCUUCUUUUUUUCCUCUUUUUCCUUACGUUGACAAGUGUGUGAGAUUUUUAUUCCUCCAAAAGGUGACCGGAAAAAGUUGGACAGCCCGUAAAGUCGUACGUAGUACACCCUGGGGAGAGAGGCGUUUCGCUAUAAGGGUUGAUACGCGAUACGUGUGACGACGACACUUACCAUCGAGUGUUGUUGGUGGAAAAGUGCUUUGCUAAAAUCUCGGUUUACGAACGAACGUGUACGCCGGACGCGGUGCCGGAAGUAAAAGUUUUUUUUCCCCAUCGUCCGAUGAUCACGUUUAAUUCGAAGAAACGCAUUACGUGCAGACUACCGCCCGAUCCUGCAGUGACCGUUCGUGAUUUCAGUUAUGCCAUCGACUCCCGCGAGCAAAGUCGAGCCCUCGAGCCAGUAUAAAAGUAAAUCUUCGAUGAGAAUGACUGUCGAGCGGACGGAUCCGGGUUCCAAUUUAGUUUCGAAGUUGGAUACAUUCAAUUUUUCAUCGACAACGGUGUGAAAUUAAUUUCGAUCGCGUAUCCACUGCGCGAUAAAUUAUCGCGGCAUCAUGAACUUUCUACACCUAAUUUACGCCUCAGCAAUGUUCGUCGUUGCUUUCGGGGAGAAGUGCUCGGACAAAUGUUCUUGCAAAUGGAAGAACGGCAAGCAGACGGUGGAAUGUGCGGAUCGUUCCCUGGUCACUAUUCCGAAGUGGAUCGAUUCGGAGACCCAAGUGUUGGACAUGAGUGGAAAUAAACUUAAGAUAUUGUCGAAAAACAUUUUUAAACAGCUAGGACUUACCAAUCUACAGCGACUGUAUCUCCGCAGUUGUCACAUCGAUCGAAUCGACAGCAAGGCUCUGGCCGGUUUGACUAAUCUCGUCGAGUUGGACCUGAGCAACAAUUUGCUCACGGCGAUACCCGACGCCAGUUUCGCCGACACUCAGUUCCUCCGGGACCUGAUCCUCUCGCAUAAUCCGGUGCAGAAGGUGCCCGCAAACGCCCUGAAGAACACACCGAAUCUCGUCAAACUCGACAUAUCACAUUGCAAAAUACGAGAGAUCGAAUCCAAGGCGUUCGACGGACUGGACCUCCUCGAAAAUCUGAAACUGAACAACAAUCGCCUCAUGAAUCUCCACUCGAGCACGUUCGAGUCCCUCGGCAAGCUAACCAGUAUCGCUCUGCAGGAGAAUCCCUGGCUCUGCGACUGUCGACUGAGGGAAAUCAAAAUUUGGCUCCUGAAACGGAACAUGCCUACCCUCGUAGCACCGGUGUGUCGGUCCGGGCCGGAACAGCUAUUGAACAAAAUGUUCUCGGAACUCACCGUCGACGACUUUGCCUGCCGUCCAGUUCUCCUCGUCGUCACUCGUUACGCCGAGGCCACGAUAGGCGAGAACGCCAGCAUAGUGUGUCGCGUGAGCGCCACACCGGAGGCCCAAAUAAAGUGGUAUUGGAACGGAAGACUGCUCUCGAAUCACACGGCCUUCAGCAGUUUCCAAAAAAUACUGAUAUUCGAAGACGGUGAAUUCCAGAAGAAGAGCACACUGGUAUUGACGAACGCACAGGAGGCUGACUCGAGCGAGUUUUAUUGCGUCGCCGAGAAUCGUGCGGGAAGUGUCGAGGCCAAUUUCACCCUUCACGUGUCGCUAAGAACUGCGGGAAUGUCCACCCUCGGCUCGGGACAAAUAGCCGGCAUUUCCGCGGCACUCGUUGUCUUAAUUCUCUUCAUCCUACUGAUCAUCCUCGUCCUAUUCAUUCGUCUCAGAAGAAUGCCACUGAAGGAGAUCAAGUCACCGGGGGUAUUGCAGGACGGCGUUUCGGGCUCCGGAGCGGCCGAGGGCGCGUCGUCUCGGAGAAAACCCGAGAACAACGAGACCGCGUCGUUCGCAACGUUCGCCGAGGCGAAACCGCCCGCUUCCCUAAAUCUAAAUUACGUCCAAAAACCUUACGUGUUUACCGAGAACGAGUACACGUUCGCCCACUACACCGACAACCGUUCGGUCCCCACGUCGGGCCCGGGUCCCUGCUACUCCUCGACGACGUCGUUGAUGCUGGUCGAGAAUCCCGACCUGAUAAGGGAUACGCGGCGCAGUUCCUCCGAAGAGGUGAAACCGUUCAACUCGGGUGGCUACAGCAUAGAGGUGGAGAACAACAAACUCCUCUACUCUAACUGUGUGUGGGAGUCGAAGGAGCAGAUCCCCGUCGGCGGCUUCGUCGGCAAGGACAUGUCGACCAUAGCCGCGUCCGUGGACACGGUUCAAGUCGCGAGUUCCGUUCCACCCGGUGCUAAACAGAUACGGGUAUGGCAGAAGGGGGUGCCCGUGCUCCCCCCCGUCUCGGCUCUGAAACGAGUCCUCGGCUCGACCAGGAGUUCCCCCGACGAAGGAUACCAGGAAGGCACCGGUACGGACGUCUAGGUACCGCUUCUUCAUUACUGCGACGCCCGACACAGAUACUUGGAGUUACGCAGACGGCAUCCGGAUGAUUACAACUAAAAUACACGAGAAGCAAAGCUGAAAGACUGUUUUCGUAAUUACCGGGCCAUUGGUUUCGUGCCGGACGGGCAGUAGUGAAAUUAAUUAGUGGUUAUCGAGACGAGCGGGAGGAGUAUUUUCUUCGCGUCGACCCGAUGCAUAAAUAAGUAUAUAUUACCUGUAGCCCAUUGACUGGGGGCUCCGGUAGGGGAGGUCUGUACCGAAGGUCCAGUUCGACUGGACGUAGUCGGUGCGGAGGAGAAACCUAAAUAACGAAAGGAAAGAGGAAAAAAAAAAUAUUCUAUAGUGAGAUAAGAAAAGUCAGGACAAUGUCAUUGUUUCAGUGGUCUUAUAGCACAAUAUUGACGGGUAAUUUCUAUACGGCAAUGCCAAAAUAUACAAUUUAUAAGUAAAGACUGUAAAUGUUCCAAAAAAUGUAUAGUUAGCGAGGGUAAAUUAUUAAAGUCACAUGUUGGUAUAUAAAUGGAUUUUCUAUAUAGUCAAUUCAAUUAGAAAUUACGCUAUAGUAUAAAUGGUAUAAUGAUAAGAGAUGAAGCGAAGUAAAAAAAAAAAAACAAACAAACAAAAACGAAAAAGAACGGCUGCACUCCGCAAGGGGUAGCUGGCGUAUAAACAACGCCGUGCGUAUAUAUCAAUAUUAUACGGCACACUAUAUACCGAAAUGCGUUUUAUACAGGUAUAUUACAUACGUCAUUCAUGCGACUAUAAUCGAAGUUGUUGACGUAAUUUGCUGCCGUUGCUGCUGCCGUUGCUGCCGCUGCUGCUGGUGCCGCCGCAAAGCCAUACGUAUUCGUAGACGUAACACGCAUUUAUACCUGUAGCGAGGUCCUAAAUUUCCGUGAUGUCUCCUUCAGCAAUUUUCGUCCCCUUUUCAUCCCCUCAAAUAUAACGUAUAUCAGUAUUUUCUUCUAUACGAGCGUAUUACUCGGAGCAAUUGAUAGUAUCUGCGCUACCGCUACCGCCGGAUUAAGAGCGACUAUUAAGUUAAACGUACUCGAGUUAGCGGCGGCGCGGUUUAGAGAAACGAUUAUUUUCUAUAUCUAUAUCAAUCUAUCUAUACUCGCGGUAUAUCGAUAAGACGAAUAACAGCUCACUCAGCUUACCGCCAUUCCUCGAAUCAAUCCCCUCUGAUAUCGUACCGUUUAAAAACGCAACGGUGAAGUUAUACAGCUGUGUACGUGCGCCGUCGCGACAGUUUUCAUCCUCGUUCCGAAUAAUUUAUCCGUCGAAUUUAAAAAUAUCUCUUCAUUUCAGCCGCGUUUACUUACUGCUACACUCCGUCCCCGUACCGUAAAAUAACAAUUAACGAUCUUCCGCGAGUUCGUCUCAAAAUCCACCGCGGGUUCGAACGCAAGGGAAAACAACUAUCGGGGCGAACCGGAUCGAUCGACGCGCUACCCGGAUCCACCCCCCGAGCGCGAUUAUUCGAUACGGAAACUGGAUCCUCGUCCGCCUCGUCUCUUGACCUCGUCCGAAUCGUCGGCAUUUUUUUGCGUUUCUUGUGCAGCUCCGUUAUUUUUCAAUUUUUUUUUUUUUCUUCAUUUUCGACGCACCCCCCCCUUCGCUCGUCCGCCCUUUUUCCGAGGGAAGCUGGCUGCACGGCGAAGAAUUCCGCCCGCGAAGGGUGAGGCUCGUUACCUCGGAAUUCUCCUCGCUCGUCCUCCGAACCUCGAUAGUCUUUCGUCUUUCAUCUCGUCCAUUUUUUUCCUCGAUCAAUUGCCCAGAAUGAUUGAGACUUUAGCGAUUGACGCACGACUAGUCAUACACACCGGCGUUCCCGCCGCUUCCGACGCUGCUGCAGGCAUCGCACGAUCCUUGCCGGUGACAAACUGGGGGACAUAUAGACGGGAACGCUGAUGGAAAACGUAUCACGGCCACGGGAAUGGCCUCCGUUAAAAAGUUUCAUACGUACGAUAUACAUGUAUAUAUACAGGCACGUACACAACAACCUAUGUAAAGUGUAUAUAUAUAUAUAUACUGCGAACGAAGCUCCGAGAGUUUUGCUUUUUUCCCGUUGUGCAUAAUAUGCGGGUAUCGCAUUUUUUUCUGCGCCAGGGCCGACGAAUAUUCUCUAUCGUAUACCUAUAUUUGCCGUUGUAACGCGUACGCCGGCCGUAUUUGUACACAAUUAAAACUACAAAUAAUUGGGGGCAAAAGAAAUCAUUGUUAUUAUCGAAUGAAUAAAUAACACGGACCCAACGCGGUCCCGCACAUGUAAAUAUAUUUGAUACAGGGUGAAAAUUUGCUCAGGCGAGGAGGGUACGAUACCUACUUCGAACGGUUGAUCGAGAUCGAAAUUAUACGACGAUUGUUUCAUAAAUCGCGUUACUUCGGUCGACGUUAUCUUAAGGAGCGAUUGGAAAUCGUAGCGAAUGACAACGUUAUCUUUUGUCUAAACCCCGGAGUCCGCGUGGUGACAAAAGAUCGGAAGUCCGAAGUGGAAACUGUAAUGCGAAAGAUGACGUAUAAAAUAUACGGUGUAUACGUAUUACAACAGAGUGGCUAAUUGCAAGUGGGGUGUUCUUUGAGGAACGUUAAAAACAGACGAAACACGCUAAUCGACGCGUUUUACCCCAUUGCACGUAAUGAAGUUUUUCUAAUUAUUAAUCUUAUUACGACCAUCAAACACGAGCGUGAGUGUGAAUAUAUAUUUUUUAUUAACGUGUUUUAUAUAGGUGGUAAUUUAAUUAACGCGCGUUGCGAAAGUGCGUGCCUCAGAGUUACUCAAAAAUAUACAAAUACAUAUAUACCUAUGGACAUUAUACCGUCUACAUUGUGGAGGGAAGAUGAGGGGAAAAUCUUUUUAAUUGCUCGUCAAUUGUUUCUACAUCUUUACGAGAUGUAAUCCAAAUAAAAUAACAAAGAACCCCCCCCCCCCGGGGUUUUGUCGAAAUAAUGAAUUAAUUUUUAUUUCUCUUUUAUUCAUUCGGUCUCUUGUUUUUUUCUUUCUUUUUCUUGUUUUUUUUUUCUUGUUUAAUUUUACAAAAUAUCUCGGGUUCGCCGCCGCUGCAUCGGAUUUUAUUUCAACCAAUUUUAAUAUUGAAAUUUUAACGUGAUAAAAUAUUAAAAACCUCUAGUUUCGAUUGAAUUUAAUGUAACCACUGAGUCGGAACGAAUGUUAUUUCCGCGCCGCAGCUGUUAUACCCAUUAUACCUAUACCUAUUAUGUACCUAUAUAGAUACGCGUCGUAUUAUAACAUCGACCCGAUGAAAGCUCGCACAUUUAUUUGUGGCGAAUCGGAAGUUUGCGAAAACUUUUUCAAUUUUUAUAACGCUCACCUUUUUAACCGUACGUAGACGCCUCAUUGAUGCCGUCGAGUCGCGCGGUACGGCGAGGAGGGACUGCAGUUCGUUCCGCGGAUCGACGGAAUAAAAUAAUUCUCGUCGAUAAAUCGCGGGAAAAGAUUUUCACGAGAAAAAAGGAAAUAAAUUCGAAAGAUUCGACGCGAUUCGAAGUAAUUAAAUUUCGGGUCACAAUUUAUGGUGUACAUGAAAAAGAGAAAGAAAAAAGGAAAUCGGAUCCCUAUAUGUAUAACGAGAAGGUAUAAUAUGUGAAACGGGGAUCCGAGUCGUAAAAAAAAAAGUUUAGCGAUAAUGGCAAGCCCGCGAAACGCGUUAUCCGUGUAUAACGACAACGGUAUAAAAUUAGGGAAAUCGGUUGAAAGGCCAAAACUAAAAAUGUAACGAUGUCAAGUUUUUAAGUAUUUUUUAUCCGUUGCUCGUCGCGGUUCGACUGCGGUACACGGAGUCAGUUUUUAACGACCUCGAUUACCAGUGAUUUUCUUCCGUUCUUUUUCUCUUUUAUCGCUUCAUUCGCUCCUUUCGAAUCGAUCUAUUUUAUUUUACAACCUCCGAUAAACAACGCAUCACUUCGGCGUGCAUUCCGCAAUCGAUCCGGCCCACGCAAGAUAUUCCAACGAUUUUUGUUAUUUUAGUUUCAUCAGCAUCGGCAGCUGGUGUCGAAAAAUGUAUGAAUUACCGAACCCUUUGCAAUCGCAACACGAUUAAUCUCACAAGUAUUGAAUUUUAAUGAAAUUCCCGAUUAUGGAAAUAAUUUGGAAACACGACACUCGUAAUACCCCGCGACGCGACGACCGUCGAACGAAGGCUCGCAAUCAGCUAAGGAUAAAAUUUGACGCUCAAUUCUCGAUGAAAAAUAAAAAAAAAAGAAAACAAAAAAAAAAGGAACAAA